AGCAAGUCCCAAGAGGACGAUAAGCCCCGCGACAAAGACGGAAAGAGUGGCGAGCAAUUUUCUCGCCUUAAAUAUCUAUUUACUAGCGGGGGCUCUGGUACGAGUGGUGUGGGUAACGGUGCCAAUACGACCGGUAGGACCGCAAAUACGACCAGUAGGAUAACAAAUACGACCAGUGGGAACACAAACACUGCACCAUCACACAGCCAAGGAUCCGAUAGUUACAGCACCAAGCACACAGACAGUGGCUUGUACACAACCCGCGACAACCACACUGUACCAAAUACUCGGGGGAGCUGGGGGCGUACGGGUGACGUUGGCAUGGGGAUUUUAUCAGAGCCCAGGGCAGAAAGAUCGCAUAAUGUGGCGAAUCUCGAUUACCAACUGGGUGGGAUGGUGUUUGGGGAUGUCAAGUCCUCGGCAAUGGGAGAUGGUGAUGGUGGCGCUGCAGUUGGCUACUCGGGCAAUGGCAAUGAUCGAGGCAGCGAUCGGAAUGCGCGCGAUUAUAUCCCGGACUACCGAAGCAGUGGCGACCACCCAGAGUUUGGUCGUAGCUACAACAGAAGCAACUCAGGCUACUCAAAUGCCAACAGCACCCAUACCGGCAGCACCAGCAACAACGGGAAUGACAUUCUCAAUAGUAGUAGCGCCUACACACCCGGCAGUGGAGCCUUUGCAAACAAAGGUAUCGGCGUUCGCAGGGCCAGCAGCACGCAUGGGCGCAGUAAUGUACCGCAAGCAAGCAGAGACACGCCUCGCAGAAGCAGCAUGCAGAUACCUGUACUGAGUGCUGUGGCGGAGACAGUCGCACAGCAGACCCCCCACGGUGCCCGUGUAGGGGGUGGGACGGGGGCGAGUGCGUACAGUGCUACGAGUCCGACUAGAGGUGGAAAGCUCGAUCCUACCGCUGCCAGGACUGAUGAUAUAGACUCGCCCACAAACACGAAUCCGGACAUGAGCACAAACACAACCCCGAAUAUAAACAUGAAUGCCAAUACAAACGCCAAUGCCAAUGCGUAUGCGAGCGCAUCGGGUAACGUGGGAGGUGCCACGCGAGACGAGCGUAGCAGCAACUACUCUCGCAGCGUGCCGAAUGCAACCGCCGCUCCGAGGCCCACCAUACUGCACAUGUCACUGUUUAUGAACGGGCAGAUACCCAGCGGAGUCACGGUCAAUGAAGUGGCCGAG